AUGUUUUAUUCUUUCCCUGAGUUGAGGCUUAGAAAACUCCUGAUGUCUCCCUCCUUUCAAAAUUUUCCAGGUUCUGUUCGAUCAGUGGCAGUAGUCGGUGGUGGAGUUAGGUACGCUUUCAUGAACGUUUGAUUAUUAGCAUUUCAUUUUCGACGUUUGAAUACGUAAUUCCUUUGUGGACACACGGGGAUUUUCUACCAGCUGAGUUUACUGCCCCUGUGCUAGUUCAAGUACAGCGGUAUAUAUAUGGAUGGCUUCCAAACCUCGAAGCGUAUGUAAGGGUGGGUAUCAGUCUGUGUCCAGUGGCCCUUUCCAUGGGUAGUUUCUUUUUCACAUGGAAGUUUUUAAGAUGCCAGACGGUGACGAUCUAGAUGCUCAUGUAUUUCAUGGCAUGGCAUUUCUUAUACUCGACUUUCAACAUUUGACUGGAUCCUGUUAUCGACGUGCCAGAGUUUGUCACUUUUUCCUUCUGCUAAUGUCCCAUUUUGUUUUUAUCUAUAUCUAGAUGCAUGUUAAUAUUUCCUGCAAUGAUCAACAGUGGGCUUGCUGCUGCGUACAAGCUGAAAUCAAAUGGGUUGCGGGUUGUUGUCUUUGAAGCUGAAGGAAGGGCUGGAGGAAAACUUAGAAGUGGUUCUCAGGAAGGUCUUAUAUGGGAUGAAGGAGCCAACACUAUGGUAUGCUUCAUAGAACAUUUUGUUAUUAAAUUUCAAUGCAAGGGCUGGUGUUUUUUUGUGGUUAUUUUCUUCUCAAGAAAAUAUUAGCUGAAUUUUAUGAGGAUUAUCAUUUUAAAAGCUUAUCUUUUUCUGCAGGCAGAAAGUGAGGAGGAGGUUGGCAUGUUAUUUGAUGAUGUAGCCCUGCGGGACAAGCAGCAGUAUGUAUGUUUUCUUUUGCAGACUUAGUGUUCCUCAUCACAUAAUCUGACACAGUUUAUUCAGAAUGUAUGAUAGCAUUAAUGUUUGAAGAAAAUGAGGAAAAAGCCAGGAUAUUAUUAAUCUCCAUGAAGUCUCUCAUUCACCAAGUUCUACUGACAACAUAGGAACGUUAUCAUUUACCCGAAUUUUAGGUUUUACCAAAAAGAUAGAAUGAUUCCUUACCCACACCAAAAUUUUCACAUUUAAUAUCGAAAUGAAAAAGACUAUACUAUAAAUGCUUGGCCAUAAUUAUGGGGAAUAAUUUUAUAAGACUGACUAUAUUUUUCGUGGAUACAACACCUAAAUCAGUGGGUCUCUAAUUUUGUAUGGGAUUUAAAGUGUACAGAAAUUAUUGAUACAGUGUGGUUUAUAUCCAUAUGUUUUGUGACGUGUUGGAUGAUUGUUUAAAUAUUGGGAUCAGCUUUCAUCUUUGUCAAUGAACCUGUAUUGGUUGAUGCUACUGGUCUUCUUUGCUGAUACCUUUUGUAUAGUGUCAAGAAUUGGUUGAAGGGUAGAGGGAAAAAAGACGAAUUUUCAGCCCUGAAUAUGAAAUAAAUAUGGUAUUAAUGUCAUUUUUCGUAUACACAUGAUCAACGGCUGACUAGCUAUCUACCUGUAGGAAGCAUAAAGAUGGUGAAUCUGCAAUGUAUGUGCUUUUGCCUUGCAGUAUUUGUUGUGUAUUUGUCUUUUUCGAUAAUAAGGGAAAAUAUUAUCUGCCUCAGGGAGCACUUUUAAAGAAAUUACUUUCGAGCAUUUUUGAAACAGGGAAAGGAAAAUUUUAAUUUCUCAGUAUUCUCGUGAAAGAAAUUUAUUUCAGUACGCACUUUGUAAUAAAUUUCUUUGAAAAAAUGAAUCCAAAAGCACCUGUGCCUUCUGUACUAAAAUGUGUCUAACAUCUAUGCAUUGGCAGGCAACGUCUUGGUUAGUUUUUAUUAUAAUGGUCAAGAACUUUCAAGGAUUUAUAUUUAAACUUUCUUGUGCUGCAGCCACUUUCGCAAAACAAGCGGUACAUUGUGAGAAACGGAAUUCCUGUACUGGUAUGUUUAUGCACACCUACACUUCAAUCAUAAUGUCUUAGGCUAUCCAUGACAGAAAAAGAAAAUUUCUUCGUUCACCUUCAUUUACAUUUUUUGCGAGUUAAAUUGCUAUUUCUUUAUUUUCUCCCUGCUUUUGAUACAGAUUCCGUCAGAUCCCGUUUCUCUGAUCAAGAGCAACUUUCUUUCGACAAAAGCAAAGGCAGGUACUACUGCCAUUAUUUGAUAAGAUAUUUAAGUAUUUUCAUAAAUUAAUCACAUUCCUUUUUUUUCUCCCUCUCUGACCUGACAUCAGUUAAAUGCCCAUUUAGCUUUAGAGUGUUUUGCAUGGGGUGUGCCAUUGGUUUUGAAAAAUGUAUUGCCAAAGUCAUUUUUGGGCAAGUAUCUGUUGUCCUGCAUCUCACUGGAAGAAUACAGAUCAAAAUGAUGAAAUUAAUAACUAAGAUUGCCUUAAUUCCUUCUUAGCUCUUUCCAAUGUGUUCAAACAGACUUUCCUAGCUCUGUGUGAUACACAAGAACAUCACCACUUAUGCUUAGUUAUGAAAUGUUACUAUCAUCUGCGUGGCUGCGGUAUUUUUAAUAAAUAAUGGAGGAAGGGGGGUAGAUAGUGUAUCACUCAAAUAGGCUGUGCUAUAAAGGAGGAUAAAAGUUUAUUUUAUUAUUAAGUUAUAAUGGGAAAUUAUGGUAAGGUAAAAAUCAUUCUUCUUUUUAAAGGUUUUUUUGCUUUGUUGUCAUGUAGAACUCCGAAACUCAUUAUCUUAUACAAUCUCUUUUUCAUUCUUGAAGGCAAUAUGGAUUUAUAUCUUUUGUUCACCUAAUAUGUGCCCUGUCGCUUUGUGUAUGCAGUUUCGAAUGUUAUUAGAGCCGUUGGUUUCUUACAGGAGAACAAAGCCCUCAAAGGUGUCCAAUGAACAUAUAACAGAAAGGUGGUUACGAAUACCACUUAUAUCUCUUCUCGUGUAUUAUUCAUGCCUUACGUGGGCUAUGAGUUUGUCUAUAGUUUCGUGUCUAUUUUAUUUUCCUUUUGUAAUUAAUUACUUUAUCAUUGCAUCAUUGCAUCCAUGCAUUUUCGAAUGAGCAUAAGCUUCGUCGGAGUAUACUAGUUAUCGUAUAUUAAAUACAUGUAUGGAGGAUUUAAUGGAAUUUCGGUUUUCAAUGGAGAGUAGGAUGUGCUUCAAUUGCUGAGGUAUAAAAACAAACCAUAAGCUCCAAUUCUUAGGAUGUGCUCCAAGAUGUGCUCCAAUGCUGAGAGUAGCCGACUAUUCUUCAUUCCAAGAUGUGCUCCAAUUCUUUUAGUCCUGGGAGUGGUUCACUCCAUCUGAUGGCCUCUGCGGAAGCUAUGUUACCCUAACACUCAUACAUCUAAAAGCCAAAUUUUAUAAUGAUUUUGAUAGCAAUAAGGCCUCAAAUUUUGUGUCAACAGCUUGAGAUGCAGUGUAUUUAUUAUAAUCCACCUCAUUGAAGACAGAAAAUGGCCCUGGCUGUCCCCACUGUAGGUUGUGGGUCUUAACUCUGUACGUAGGCAUGAAAUGGCAUUCUUAAGGCUUGAUCAUACAGUGAUAAAACCUGCUCCUUAGUGCGAGAAUGGACUCUUGUCAUUGUGUAGUCGAAAAAGGCCGCAAAGCUUGUCCUUCCUGGCUGUUUGUUUUUUCCACGAAGGACCUCAUUAAAGUGAAAUUGCACUCCAACUUGCAAACUCUCUCAGGGCGACAUUAUCUUUCUGUUGAUAUCAUUGGUUUCUACAUUGAUAGUUCUUGUUUUCUCUAAGUGGAUGGCUUUAUGUAGGUGGUUUUUUUCUUAUUCACAAUAGAUAUGGUGGAUAGCUCUUCAUGAAGCAUAUUUAAUGCAAAAUCUAGUUAUUGUGCGAUAAAUCAUAUCAACUUUCUAGUUGUGGGUGUGUUAGAAUUACAAUUCCGGUAGAGUGAAAACUUGAGGUCUUUUAAGGGUUACCAGGCUGCGUUUGUGGAGCCACUAUAAAAUCUUCUAUUGCUUGCCACGUUUUCCCUUGUCUUAUUGGUCUCAUUACUUAGUUAUUUUUGCCAUUUAAAAUUGAACUUUAGAUGCCCAGGUCACCCUCUUCCCUUUUUGCUGUGGCACUCAGAGAUAGUAGCAAGAAGCACAGGAUCACAUGUACAGGGUCUCUUUUUGCAACUAUGCAUCUAUUUUAUCAGUCAUGUUCAAUCAAAACACUAAUGAAACCAAAAGCACUUGUCUUGUAUACUUGAUCAUUUUUUUUACUUAUAUUAAGACGUAUCUACAAGUCAUUUUGGAUGUCGAAAAUAACUUGGGCUGGUGCCAGUAACCAUGUGGAGGACAGGGCACCUAUAAGCUGCCUCCUCACUUCUUUUGGCAAGCUUUUUGACCGACUGAGUUUGGGCAUGAGUUUGCCUACUUUUGAAAAGUAGACGUCUUGAUGGUCCUCAAUUUUGAAUUUUUUUCCUCCCCACUGUUUCUUUGUCUAAGCUUCACAAAUUUCCUGGAAAAAUGUUUCUCGUUAAAACGUUAAUCUGCACUGUCUGUACCCAUGUUAAGAAGACAAACACUUCAAGAAUAUGCUCAUUGAUGUUACUUCCUGACAGAACCGAGCGGCAUACUGUCCAGGAUGUAGCAUACUUGAUAUGACUUAUAAUACUUUUCUAACAGCUAUCUUCUAUAUUUCCCCUUAUCACAUUUUUGUCGAACGUGGGAGAAAUUUUCUGAGUUACCUGCACAUCCAUAUAAUGCAGUGUAGGGCAGUUUUUUCAGCGGCAUUUUGGAAAAGAGGUACGAUUUUUUUUAAAUCACUUUGUAGAAAUUCUCAUGAAAUAAUUUGGUACAAAGAAUUUAUCAGUUAUUCAUCUUUCUAUGUGUUUUUCAUGGAUGUCCUUUCCUUGAAGGUUGUUGAUUAUCUGAUUGACCCAUUUGUAGCUGGUACAAGUGGGGGUGAUCCUCAAUCGCUUUCUGUAAGCAUUACCUAUUUCUUUAAACAACUGUGCAUUGCAUAUGUCCCAUCAAUUCAAUAGCACGGUAGUAGAAAGAUUGUGCUAUUUACUGGUUUUUGUAACUAGGAGCGUAUGAUUCAACAUUUGCUUCCCAGUGCCGAAGCAAUUCUCCUCUGGGGGAAAGUGCAUUAUGAUCUGUAUUCCUACAUUUGAUCUGGUCUAUUGUUGUUAUCUGCAUAACAUAUAGUUUAAUGAAAAUUAUCUAUGUGCCAUCUUGUUAUUUAACUUCGUUUUUUUAGUGGUUACUCUGACACUUUACGGGGGCUGUUUAGUGGCAAAAUUGAUACGAAAAUUUAGUCUAAUCAAUUUUUUUUACCAUAAUCCUAGUUUAAUUUUCUAUAUAUUUUUCUGACAGAUGCGGCAUGCAUUUCCUGAGAUAUGGAAUCUACAAGAGAAGUAAGAUCUGUGCUACUUGGCAUGACAACUGACUUAUUUUUGAGGAAAAGAAAUCCUUUAUUCCUAGCAGUUCACCAAAUGCUUUUGCUGUUUUGUUUCUCCUUUAGACAUGCAGUUGUACCUUGUAAAGCAAUGUCUUGCUUCUGGGAUUCUAGCUUACAUCAACCUAGAUACACUGUCAAUUCUUGUUCUUUCGUGUUUGUGGCUUCUUGCUGUUAGAAAUAAUUUUUUCAUCUACUGUUUAGUCCUUUAUUUUCCUGUCCAUCAUACCUUGUAACAAAACAAUAGACUGAACUGGUUCAAUUUGAACUGGCCCGGUUUACCCUCUCCCAUUUCAUAACAGCUGGUCGGUAUAAAUACCAACCAGCAUGUAAGCAUUUGUGUGUGAUGAAUUUAGGGCUUCAGACUUCUUCUAUUUUCGUGUCUCUCUCUUGUGUUACUGCUGGAGAAAGAAGGGAGGCAUUCGGAGAUGAUCAAAGUCCAACACGAUUACUAAUAUGGUAUCAAAGCACAGAUGUGAUCACUCCAGUCUCCUCUGAUCUUUUGAGCUUUUCGUGAACAACAAUCUUUUAUUUUCAAGAGAUAACACAUUUCUUUGUGACUUGUUAGAAUAAGUCACAAGUUGUCCAUUAAUUCUGCACCAUCUAGGUGAGAAUCUAGCGCUAUUGACCUACAAAACACGAACUUUGGGUUUGUGUCUUGAUCUGUAGAUUAACUCCUUCUUUCUAAAACAAAUAUACCUAAUUCUUGAGUUCUCAAGAAUGUCUGAAGCGAAUUCUAUGGUAGAACAAGAACAAUCCCGAUCUGUGAGGAACCUGGUUUAAUUUAUGGAGAUUUGCCAAUUAUACCAUAAACAGAUUAUCUAGAUGGUAGGAAUUACUUUGGAUGGUCUCAACAAAUUUGAGUUGUUCUUAAAGGAUGGGGAAUGGCAAAUCAUUUAGCUUAUCCAAGUUUGAAGGCUGGAGAUCUGAGAUUUAGAGCAUGGGACCAAAAAGACUCAAGAAUCAUGACUUGGAUGUGGACAAUCAUGAUUUUUGAGAUCUGUAGAACAUGUUUGUAUCUUCCUACAGCUAGAGCAAUUUGGGAAAAUUUAUAUUAGACUUAUUCAAGAGCAAGAGAUACUACACAACUUUAUGAAUCAAAGUUAAAGAUGAUAACCAUGAUGCAAGGGAAAAAAUCACUGACAUAAUACACUCAUGAAGUAAGAACAUUAUGACGAAUUUGAUCAAUAUAAAAUUAUUGAUAUGAGAGAUCCAUUUGAUGCAUCUUUGUAUAGAGAGGAAAUAGAAAAUGAUAAAACCUAUGAAUAUCUUGUGGGACUGAACUCUGAACAUGAUCAAGUUAGAAUUCAAAUCCUAAGAAGAGAGGAAUUACCUCCUCUGAAUGAAGUAAUCUCCCUCAUGAGAGGAGAAGAAAGUCAUCGGAACCUAAUGCUUGUUUCUUAUAAUGUGAAAAAUUCAGCAUUUAUGACUAAAAAUGAAAAACAUUAUGACAAUAAUAGUACCAAAACAAGGGGUGAAUCAAUAGGACAAGAGAGGACUUCUAGCAAUGAUUUUAGAGACAAGGCAUGGUGUUCAUAUUGUAAGAAAGUGAGGCACACAAUUGACAGGUGUUAUAAAUUACAUGGGAGGCCUCAAAGUCAUGAAUGGGCACAAAAGAAGGGACAACAAAUGAGUGAAAAUCAAAUACAUAUAUCUGUUGUCUAACAAGGGGAAGUAAAUACUUCAGCUGUCAUAGAAGAAGUUCCACAAGCCCAAGUAUUACAAGCUUUGUGUUCACCUAAAUGUUCAAGUAAGUCUUCAACUUUUAUUGGGUUGAGUGCCUCAACAAAUAGUAAAUCUUCACCCUAGAUCAUUGAUUCAGGGGCCACAGAACAUAUAACCUAUGCCUCUCAUCUAUUUAAUCAUAUGCUCAUCGUCCAAGCAAUAGAAAAAUUACCACAGAUGUUGGCUCCUUAGUCACAGUUGUUGGGAUAGGAAACAUUUGCCUAUCACUGUAUAUUACCUUGAAAAAUGUACUUCAUGUUCCUAUGUUGACCACCAACCUAAUUUUUGUUAGCAAACUCACAUGAGACCUAAGUAAUCUUGUGUUUAAUUCUAAUACUUAUUUGUUUUUUAACAAGAUGUAUGGGAGGAAAAUUGUAUGUGUUAGAGAAUGGAGUAGACUCUAUUAUUUAGAACUUCCAAGCUAAUCAAACAUUGCAAUAGAUCAAAAUAACAUUCUCAAGAACCUUGACCUGUCAAAUAGUGAAAAAUUUGGCUUCAAUAUCAAAGAUUAAGACAUCCCUCAUUUUUUAUUAUGAAGAGUUUGUUUCCUUCUUUAUUUCACAACUUGAAUACCUCUAAAUUCAAGUGUGAAGCAUGUGAAUUUGCCAAACAUCAAAAAAUACCCUUCCCUAAAAAUAAUAUGAAGUGUUCAAUACCUUUUUUCUAUGUUCAUAGUGAUGUAUGGGGGCCCACACACCUAGCACAAGUGGAGCUAGGUGGUUUAUCACCUUUAUUAAUGACUGUACAAGGAUGACAUGUAUUUAUUUGCUUAAAAAUAAAUUUGACAUAAGUAUGGCACUCAUACAAUUAUGUUCUUUAAUAAAAACUCAGUUUGAGACAACAAUUCAGAGGUUUAGAUCUGAUAACGUUGAAGAUUACUUCAAUCAUACCUUAACAUCUUAUUAUGUGUCUAUACACCCCAACAAAAUGGGGUGGCUGAACAGAAAAAUGAUCAUCUAUUAGGGAUGACCAGAGCUCUCAUUAUUUAAAACAAUGUACCAAAAAUUUUUGGAGUGAGGGAGUUCUUAUGGCUGGCCUACUUAUAAAUCGUCUAGCAACUAAAUCUUUGAAUUUUAAAAGUUUAGUUGACAUGGUAUCUUUCUUUUAUCCUCAUAUUCCAUUAAAAACGAACCUCAUACUUAGAAUAUUUAGUUGUACACCAUUUGUUCAUAUUCAUGAAGAGCAUACAGAAAUUAGAUCCUAGAGCUAUAAAAUAUAUUUUUGUAGGAUAUUCCCAAACAUAGAAAGGAUAUUAUUACUAUUAUCCUUCAACAAAGAAAUUUUUCAUCUCAAGGGAUGUUACUUUCAAUGAAAAGGAAGCAUACUAUAGCACAUCAAAUCAUCAUGAUAAGAUUCAAAUGUCAAAGGAUCUAGAAUUAGAUUUUUUACUUCUUAUUGUCAAUUCAUUAUCAGACCUCACUAUGGCUCCCAUCAAACCACUUAUUCUUGAAUUGACUCCUAAUGUAUACCUCGAAAGAGUAAGAUUUGGCUAAGUAUAUUCUAAAAAAAGGGAAAUACUUCAAAAUCUAUGCAUGUUCAAGAAUCCUUCUAGGAUGAGUCAAAUGAGACAUCUCAAACCAACACCUUACCUAUUGAUGAAGACUUACCUAUUGCCCUUCGAAAAGAGAAUAUACUAAAAAACUAUUAUAUUAUAUGACACUUUUUUUGUCAUAUAACAGAUUAUCACUUUCACACAAGGCCUUUGUAUCUAACUUAAAUUCUACCUCAAUCAUAAAGACUAUUUUUGAGGCUUUAACUCAUGAGAAGUGGAGACAAGCUAUGAAUGAGAAAAUGGAAGCUUUGAAAAAAAAUGAUACUUGAGAACUUAUACAUUUAGUAAUAUGGAAAAAGGUUGUUGGCUGCAAAUGGGUGUAUAUAAUUAAAUAUCAUUCAGAUGGAACUAUAGAAAGGCAAAGCCAGGCUAUUUGCAAAAGGAUAUAUACAAACUUAUGGAGUUGAUUAUCUUGAAACCUUUGCACCAGUAGUAAAAAUAAAUACAAUCAAAAUACUUUUGUCAUUGACUAUUAACUCUAAUUGAGCUCUUCAGCAAUUUGAUGUUAAGGAUGCAUUUUUACAUGAUGAAUUAGAAGAAGAAAUAUGUAUGGAGGUAUCAUAUGGUUAUGAGAGAAAUUCAGAUGCUAAUAUUGUGUGCAAACUGAAUAAAGCAUUGUAUGGACUAAAAUAAUGUCUUUCAGCUUGAUUUGGUAAAUUCAUGAAAGUUAUGCUCACAAUGGGAUAUAAACAAAGUCAAGGUGAUCACACUUUAUUUGUCUAACAUUCUUCUUCAGGGGGAGUCACAAUUCUAAUAGUUUGUGUAUGAUAUUAUUGUGACUGGAAAUGAUGAUGUAGAAAAAAAAAUUUAAGUCAAUGUUUAUCUGAAGAAUUCGAGAUGAAAAUUCUAAGAAGAUUAAAAUACUUCCUUGGUAUUGAAGUUGCCUAUUCGAAGAAUUUAAUUUUCCUGUCUCAACAAAAUAUGUGAUAGUUUUAGUACAAGAAACUAGACAAACAGCCUAGAACUAGUUAAUUCUCUAAUUGAUCCUAGUCUCAAGUUAAGUGUAAUAUAGGAAGACAUUGUUGUGGAUAAAGGGAUGUAUCAAUGACUGAUAGAUAAAUUGAUUUAUCUAUCACAUACACCGCAAGACAUAACAUAUGCAGUUCAUGCACAGUUCAAAACUGAUACAUUUGCAAGCAGUAUAUCGUGUUCUACACUUUCUAAAAGAAAUACCAAGAAAAGGCAUUCUAUUCAAAAAACAUGAUUAUCUAACACUUGAAGUUUACACAGAUGUAGAUUAUGUUAGAUCUAUUGUAGAUCGAUAAUCAACAUUAGGAUAUUGUACAUUUAUUAGAGGUAAUCUUAUUACUUGGAGAAGUAAGAAACAAAAUGUGGUAGCUAGAUCAAGUGUAGAAGUUCAAUUUCGUGCUAUGACACAGAAUUUGUGAGAUUCUAUGGAUCAAUAUCAUCUUGAAAGAUUUGAAGAUCAAUAGAGAUGGUCCAAUGAAGCUUUAUUGUGAUAAUAAAUCAGCAAUAAAUAUUGCUCACAAUCUUGUUCAGCAUGACAGAACAAAACACAAAGAGAUUGAUUGGCACUUCAUAAAGAAGAAGAUAGAUAGUGGACAAAUAUAUACUUUAUAUGUGCCUACAACUGAUCAAAUUGCAGAUAUAUUUACAAAAAGACUACACAGUAACAUAUUCUAUCAUCCUGCGUCCAAGUUGGGAAUAGACAACAUACAUUCACCAGCUUGUGGGGGAGUGUUAAAAAUAAUUUUUUCAUUUACUAUUUAGUUGUUUAUUUUCCUGUCCAUCAUACCUUAUAACAAAACAAUAGAUUGAACCGGUUCAAAUUGAAUUGGUCUGAUUUACCCUCUCCCAUUUCAUAACAGCCAGUCAGUAUAAAUACCAACCGUCAUGUAAGCAUUUGUGUGUGAUGAAUUGAGGGCUUCGGCCUUCUUUUAUUUUCGUGUCUCUCUCUUGUGUUACUGCUGGAGAAAGAAGGGAGGUGUUUGGAAAGGAUCAAAGUCCAACACGAUUACUAACACUUGUUCUUGAGAUUCUUUGAUUAAUAUUAAAAACACCUUAGCAAGUUGAAAACCUUUUUGUUUCAUUAUGAAAGUAAGGUCUAAGCAAUCACAUCAAUGAAUACUUCUUUCUUUCUAAAUUUUUUUUAUAUUGUUCCUUGUUGCUGUUUUAUUUUUCAGUCAAACCAGCAAAUCAAUCUUCGAAAUUGACACAUCAUUUACCCAGGGAAAACCUUGUGAAGUUAUCACUGUGUUUCUUUAAUGAAUAUUACCAAACUAUUCCUCAAGUUUCUUUCAAUUUUUUUCGUUAAGGGUCAGGUGUAAUCAUUGGCAGUCUUUCUGCAUACACUCGGUAAUCUUCUGGUUUGGAUAUUCUGCCUGAUUACCUCUCUCAAUUAGAGGCUCAAAGUGCUUAGGAUUCCCUCUGGGAGCUGAAGCAUCCAUUAAUCUUUCUUUUACCAACAUAUAUAUUUGGACUGUCAGCCAGAUUAAUGCAUUGCUGGCAUACCUUUUCCAAAUUUCAUGGUAGGGAGGGCAGUGUUUUAAGUUUUCUUCAAUCAAUUUUGGUCAUGUAUUUUUGAUAUUCAUGCUUCUUUUUUGUCCAAUGCAUCAUCUUUAAAGUUUGAGUUGAAACCUCAUUGAAGAAGCUAGACUUUCUCAAGUGGAGAAAUUAUUUAAAUGACUCUAACUGAUAUGUUCUUUUCCACUUCAGGUUUGGAUCAGUCAUAAUCGGGGCUAUUCGCUCUAAAUUGUCAGAUAAAAGGAAAGGAAACGAGGUUAGAAAAACAUCAGUAAAGAAGAGCAGUCGCCACGGUUCAUUUUCAUUUCAUGGUGGUAUGCAGGUAAUUUUCUUCAGGAGCGAGAAGAAUUUGACAUUUGCGGACUAAAUAAAAUAUUUCAUGUGUUUGCCAAAUUAUGGGAUUGCUACCCAACGAAUAAAGCAUAAAGGAAACAAGUUGGUCUUGGUUAAGCACCUGAAUUUGAUGAUAUGAUAGGGUCACUCGAGGCUCCCAGGAAAUAAGAUCAGUCUUUUUGAAAGCGCCCAAAUAGCCUACAGUCUGACCAAACUUUAUUGAUUCCGAUCUCUAGGGGAGAUUAGAUCAUUCCAAACGUCGAUAUGACAUCAGUUUUCUAACAGAAAUUGGUCGGCAUUGAGAAGACAACAAGCCUAAAAGAAGAUUUCUUUUGACGGGUAAUUAACUUUCCAUGUUCUGAUCUAAUGUUUCUUUGGGGAUUGUAACUGGUUCAUUGGCAUAAACGAGGGAAAAUUACUUUUCAGAGCUCUAUACUGGCGUUUCAACCAUACGUAGAAUACCAUGUAUGUAUAUCUAUAAAAAAUCUAAACGAACAGUAAGAUAUAAAACUAAAACGCCAGAUGAAAAUUAAAUGCAACUUGUUAAAAUUUCGUCAUAGGUGCCAGGACAGCUGAAUAUGUGGCUCUGCAACUUGCUCAAAAGAUGAUACAAUUAGCCGCACUCAUAGGGUUUGUUCUGAUUAUGUUGAAUUUCCGAGGAUAAACUAUACUUGCUUUCUUUCCCCUCAUUUUUGCAGCCUUAUGUUUAUGGAUUAGGAAAAAGUUAAACAGGAAUGCAGUGGACCAAACCUCGAUGCUUUUCCUUUAAAACAUUGACAAAUUUUGCAACCCAGAAUGAGGAACGUACAGAACAGAAGGUCUUUUGUGUUUUAGUUAGAGUCUCUAACCUGUUGAAUAGAUCAUUUAAAUCUAGAGAAUGAGUCAUAUUAAAUUAAACAUGUAGCUGGCUGCCUUACAGUUUUGGCGUUUAACGAAGCUAUACUAAAUCUUCAACAUUAAUAUUGUAUCUGAUGCUUGAAAGCCAUUGUUUGUUAAUGAUUACUCCCAUUCUUACCAUGAGGCUUAUAAUCAUUUACUUAUUAAUAAUGAUCAUGUACUUUUUAACUUUAGUUAUGUCAUCUCGAUAACCAUAGCCAAAAAAGAGAAAAUUCUAGGCGUCUUAUUUAGCUGUUAUAUAGUGUGCGAGCACUCCAUUCUUGUCAUUCCAGUUUUAGCGACACUAUCUGGAUGUUAAGCUCUCGAUGCUGUGUUAUGCAGACGCUUAUUGACGUGUUAUGCACAGAGCUUGGGAGCGAGAAUUUGAAGUUCAACUCAAAGGUCUUAUCAUUAGCAUGUAGCCAUGAUGGAAACCCAUCAUUGGACACCUGGUCAAUCUCAAUUGCAUCAAAUAAUGACAAUCAGAAGGAUGCCUUGACGUACAACUCUUUUGAUGCUGUCAUAAUGACGGUAUGUAUGCUUAAUAUGUGGAAAAUUUAAAUUAUGAUGGCUUACAUAUGGUCGAAGAUGGGAAUAAAUGAUAGACUAAGUCCUCUCUGUGCAGUUUGUAUUAAUAGCUACAUCAUGUGUCGUUUAUUCAUUAAUUCAAUAAAUAGUAUUAUGCAUGAUCGAUGAUUAUUCAUUAAUGAUUUAUGGUUUACGACCGUUGAUGAGAUAGAAAGAGAAAAGAGUAGGACAACCUAGAGCUUCGUAGAUCCUGCUUGAGGUUAGAACGUGUAAAAACAACCUUGGGAAAUGUACUUUAUUCAAAGUUUCAGCAUCUACUUGAAUAUAGAACUGACUCACUGCAAAGGUUCGAUGGCACAUACAAUGAACAUAAAGACACUAUUGCAUCAGGUGUUACCUCAUGUGCACACAUAAGAUAGCGUAGAUAUGAUAUGCUUGAUACCCAUAUAUUUUAAGGAAUUUCUCUCUUGGCGCGUCUAUUAUCCUUUCAUGCCGUUGAUGUUCAUGUUCAUUUAUCCUUUUCAGGCUCCGCUCUGCAAUGUUGAAGAAAUGAAGUUCACAAAAAGAGGAUUGCCUUUUGUGCUUGAUUUUCUUCCCAAGGUAGGAUUUGUGAUAGGUCAACAGUUGGUAUCAAAACUGCAAACCGUCUCAGCUGCUUUCUUAAAGGCAUAUUUCCCAUAUCAUGGCAGAUAAAGGCCUCCACAGAUUCCAUCUUCUAUGUGGAGAUAGCUUCUCCCAUAUAUUGGAGUGACGGUUCAUCACAAGGGUGACUCUCCUUUUUUGGAUGUCAAAACCCCUAAAACGGGCUUAAUCAUGAGACUUUAACGAGAGAGAGAUGUAGAGUUAUUAUAAGACUGUUUGAAGAGCACCUUCCGUAUAAAAAUACUGACUUUUGUUACUCAUAUCAAUGAGAAUUCGUUUUCCUUCUUGGCAUGUGAUUACUUCGUGAAUACUUAGGAUGAUAUGGCUAGUGAUCAUUGAAAAGAAACUGAAUCGGUCUUGGCUUAGUCAACUUGAUUCCCAUAUUCGGCCAAUUCAUUUCUGAUUCCCUAGGAUUCAAGCUGUCAGAAGAACUAAAAAAUAUUGAAUAUAUUUUUUUCUUAAAAUUUUCCUAUCACAUUCCUACUUUUGGCACAUUAGCAUCCUCCCUUAUCCAAUGCAGGUAACGUAUCUGCCACUGUCAGUCCUAAUUACAUCCUUCAGGAGAGAGAGCGUCAAAAGACCCCUAGAGGGAUUUGGAGUUCUUGUUCCUUCGAAGGAACAAGAAGGUGGUUUCAAAACUCUUGGUAAAUAUAAGCCAUAUAAUUUUUAUUUCAUCCAUAUUAUGCUUUUAUUUCCUAUUAUAGUCUACCCAUAUCACUCUGUUGCUCACAAGAUUAUAAGCAAUUCUUGGAAUCCCUAUCUGCAGGUACACUCUUUUCAUCUGCGAUGUUCCCUGAUCGAGCCCCAGCUGAUCAAAUACUCUACACCACCUUCGUUGGAGGGAGUCGGAACAGAGACCUAGCUGGAGCCUCACUGUAUGGGAUUUUAUCCGUGCUCUAAUCUAGAUCAUAAUCUUGGAACUUUCCCUUAUGGAAAGGAAAUAAAAAUGAUUUUUUACAUAAAUUUAAUUGUGGGCCUUAUAGUUUUACCCGCUGUCCAGGGAAGAACUGAAACAGAUUGUGCUCUCCGACCUCCACAAGCUCUUGGGUGUUGAUGGAGAGCCAAGUUUUAUCAAGUGCGUGCCCACCACCGUCAUCGGAUCCCUCUACAUCUCCACAGGGCCUAUCUCCUCCACUCGAGGGGCUCCUUCAUUCAUCAUUACUUACUAUAUAUAGCAUGGUGUUACCGCAGGCAUGUUUACUGGAGCAAGGCCUUCCCAUUGUACAGUCGUGAUUAUGGCUUAGUUCUGGAGGCCAUAGAAAGGAUGGAGCGAAAUCUUCCAGGGUUCUACUAUGCGGGCAAGUCACUAUCUACUCUUAAUCAUUUCCUCUACUGACUGAUCUAUCUGUGAUAGUUGAUAGAGAAGGCAUGAUAAACCCUUUUCGGUACAAACAGAAUCUAUAUAUGUAUGUAUAUAUUUAUGUAUAUGUAGAUUAAAUUGCCUCUUAUAGUGGAUAACUUACCAUCUAGCGACCUCUAUAUGGCUGAGAGGGCCUCCCAAGAUCCUUCGUGGUUUUUUUUAAACAAAUAAUUGAAUUUUCUUCUUCGUCUCAAUGUGAGCUUGCAGGCAAUCAUAGAGAUGGGCUUUCGGUUGGGAAGGCCAUUGCGUCGGGAUUCAGAGCCGCAGACCUUGCCAUCUCCUACCUCAACUCUUCGGUCAGAGAAGACGCAGUAUGA